GCAAUGAAUGACCCCUGCUAGAAAAUUUCAAAACCUCUCAGAACCCCGCCCCCACCUUACCUUCUGCUCUUCGCUGCUCGAUGACUCGAGACCGAGCCCAGUGAGCAUUGGCUCUCUGCCAGUCCAUCCGACCUGCCAAACGCCAUUCUCGUUAGACCAUCGCCAUGGCGUAUCUCACUCUCGCAGGGGAUUCCUGCUUCACGGCCUCCGAGGCCCAGAAGCUCAAGGACCAGAUCAACAAGGUGGCGCCUAUCAAGGUCUCGAGCUUGCGCGGGUCGUGGAUCUACUACGCCCACAUCGAAGGCGACGCGAGCGAUGCCAAGUCGAAGCUCGCCCAAUUGCUCCCUCUUUCAGCCGGCUCUGGAUUGUCGGCGCCCCAUCUGACGCACAUCGGGUACAGCCGCAACUGGUUUGUGACUCCGCGGUACAACUCGCCAUGGAGCUCCCAGGCCACCACCAUCGCCCAAGUCUGCGGGUUCGAGCAGCAGAUCCGCCGGAUCGAGCGCGGACGCAUCAUUACUAUAGAGUUCGAGCAGCCCUACAAUGACAAGACCAUCCCUUUUCGUGACAUACUCCACGAUCGCAUGACCGAGACCCUUUCGACCAAUGUGCCCGACCUCGAUGCCAUGUUCGCCGAAGGGCAACCCCUCCCUCUCGAGGUGGUCGACAUCUUCGCCGACGGCCGCGACCCGGCACAAAUGCUCAACGAAUACAACAAGGCGCGCGGUCUGGCUCUGGACCAGUCCGAAGUGGAAUACCUGGUGGAGCGGUUCACCCAGUUGGGGCGCCCCCCGCACGAUAUCGAACUCUUCAUGUUUGCGCAAGUCAAUUCGGAGCACUGCCGCCACAAGCAGUUCAAUGCAAAUUGGACCAUUGACGGGAUGGCUAAGGGGAGGACGCUGUUCGAGAUGAUCAGAAACACCCACAAGCAGACCCCAGACUUCACCGUGUCCGCCUACAGCGACAACGCGGCCGUGAUGGAAGGCCAGCACGCCAACUUUUGGGCCCCUGAUUACUCGACUGGGUCUUGGAAGUUGCACAAGGAGCUGCUGCAUGUCCUAGCUAAGGUCGAAACCCACAAUCAUCCGACGGCGAUUGCCCCCUUUCCCGGUGCCGCUACGGGAUCUGGAGGAGAGAUCCGCGAUGAGGGAGCUGUUGGACGGGGCUCAAUGCCUAAAGCUGGACUUUGCGGUUUCUGGGUGUCAGACCUGCUGAUUCCUGACCACCGUGCCCCCUGGGAAAUCGAUGUCGGCCGUCCGGCUCACUUCGCCAGCAGCCUCGACAUCAUGCUUGAGGCGCCCAUCGGCAGUGCUCGGUUCAACAACGAAUUCGGUCGCCCUUGUCUCACGGGAGUUUUCCGGACGCUUCUCACAGCUGAUGAUACUGGGGUCGAAGGGGAGUUCCGCGGCUAUCACAAGCCGAUCAUGAUUGCUGGUGGCGUCGGCACCGUUCGGGACAAGCAUGCACUCAAGCGCCCCGAGGAUGUCUUGGAAGGCGCCCACGUCAUCGUCCUUGGCGGCCCUGCCAUGUUGAUUGGUCUAGGUGGCGGCGCAGCUUCAAGCAACGCCUCUGGGGAGGGCAACGCAGAUCUUGAUUUCGACAGUGUCCAGCGCGGCAACCCCGAGAUGGAGAGGCGUGCGCAAAUGGUCAUCAAUACGUGCGUGGCUUUGGGCGAGCACAAUCCCAUCGCCAUGAUCCACGAUGUUGGCGCGGGUGGUCUGUCCAACGCGCUGCCAGAGCUUGUCAGGGACGCUGGUUUCGGGGGCAGAUUUGAGCUUCGCCAGGUCGAGAGCGUUGACCGCAGCAUGAGCCCGCUGCAAAUCUGGUGCAACGAGGCUCAGGAACGCUAUGUUUUGCUUGUGAACAGCGAGGGGAUGGAGCGGUUCACCAGCAUCUGCCGCCGCGAGCGCUGCGGUUUCUCGGAUGUCGGCACCGUCCUCUCCCGGGAGGUUGACGGCGUCUCGAGGCUGAUUCUCACCGACAGGGAAUCAAUCGAGUACCCGCGUCCCAUCGACGUCCCCAUGGAUGUCCUUUUCCCCAAGGGGCGCAAGUUGGAGCGCAUCGUCAGCUCCAAGCAGCCUGCUUGGCCCGUUUUCGAUCCUGUCGCUAGCCUGAAGUCGGCUGUCGAUGCUUCCCUCAGUGAUGCGGAUCUCUUCAAGCGAGCUGUGCAGCGCGUCUUUUGGAUGCCAUCGGUUGGCUCCAAGUCCUUCCUCAUCACCAUUGGUGACCGCACCGUCGGAGGCCUGACGACUCGGGAUCAGAUGGUCGGGCCGUGGCAGACACCAGUUGCCGACGUUGCGGUGACGGCGACGUCUUUCAGCCUCACUGGCUCGAAGACUGGCGAGGCGAUGGCCAUGGGUGAGAAGCCAACCCUCGCGCUCAUCUCUCCUGCCGCCUCCGCCAGGAUGGCGGUUGCAGAGAGUCUGCUCAAUCUCGGAGCGGCAGACAUCAAGGGCGGCGCGCACCGCGGAGAUCUAAGGCGUGUCAAGCUUUCCGCGAACUGGAUGGCAGCUGUGAAUCAUCCUGGUGAAGGGGCUGCGCUUUACGAGGCGGUCGAGGCCAUCGGAGUGGACCUUUGUCCGAAGCUCGGCGUCAGCAUUCCGGUGGGCAAGGACUCCACAUCCAUGAAGUCAUCGUGGAAAGACGGAGAGACGAAGAAGAGUGUCACGGCGCCUGUGUCGGUAGUCAUAUCGGCAUUCACUCUGGUGGAGGAUGUUCGACGCACGUGGACACCCCAGCUUCGCCGGGUGGAGGAUGUAGGGGAGUCUGUCCUGCUCUACGUCGACCUGGCGCAGGGCCGCAAGGCACUGGGCGGCUCUGCUUUGGCGCAGUCUCUCGGCGCCAUCGGCCACGAGGCGCCAGAUGUGCGCGACGUCGAUCUCCUGAAGGACUACUUCGACGCGCUCGCGCAGCUGCACGAGAGCGGAGUUGUCCUUGCGUACCACGACAAGUCAGAUGGCGGCCUCAUCACCACGAUCGCCGAGAUGAUGUUUGCCGGUCGCUGCGGUGUUGACCUGAUGAUGGACGGCAUCGCGGCCUCGGGUAGCUUGGCGGAUAUGGUGGACGCCCUAUUCAACGAGGAGUUGGGUGCCGUCUUCCAGGUCCGGGCCUCGGACGUGGUCAACUUCAAGAGAUGCUUUGCUACUUGCGGCCCUCCGGCUGGCCUGAUCAGGAAAUUUGGUGUCGUUCAGCCGACAUCCAAGCAAACGUUGACCAUCCGCUACGGCGAAGGGGCGCCGUUUGUCAGCCUGAACAGAGCCGAGAUGCAGCAGUGGUGGAGCAAGACCUCGUACGAGAUGCAGAAGCUGCGAGACACGCCGUCGUGCGCGGAAGCCGAGUACGCAAGCAUCCUGGAUUCCGAAGAUCCCGGCCUGUCCUACAACCUCACCUUCUCGCCGGCCGAGAACAUCACCCCGCUCACGGCGUCCAUCACCAGCUUCUUUGGCAAGAUGCCUCGCGUAGCCAUUCUCCGCGAACAGGGCGUCAACGGCCACGCCGAGAUGGCAUUUGCCUUCCGCGCCGCCGGCUUCGACGCCAUCGACAUCCACAUGACGGACAUCAUCGCCGGCCGCUCGCUGGCCGACUUUGUCGGUCUCGCCGCCUGCGGCGGCUUCUCGUACGGCGACGUGCUGGGCGCCGGCCAGGGCUGGGCGAAGUCCAUCCUGCUGCACGACAAGGCGCGGCGCGAGCUGGCCGACUUCUUCAACCGCAAGGACACGUUCGCCCUGGGCGUCUGCAACGGCUGCCAGAUGCUGACCCGCCUGAAGGAGCUCAUACCGGGAGCCGAGCACUUCCCCACGUUCGUGGCCAACGCCUCGUCGCAGUUCGAGGCGCGCUUCAGCAUGGUCAAGAUCGAAGACAACCCGGCGCGGCCGUCGGUCUUCUUCAACGGCAUGCACGGCUCGAGCCUGCCCAUCGUCGUCUCGCACGGCGAGGGCAGGGCCGAGUUCGCGUCAGACGGUGCGCUCCGCGCGCUGACGGAGGCGGGCGGCAUCCCGCUGCGGUACGUGGAUAACCGGCUCAACGUGACGGAGCAGUACCCAUACAACCCCAACGGCAGCCCCGCGGGUGUUGCGGGCGUUUCGAGCAGGGACGGCCGGGUGCUCGCCAUGAUGCCGCACCCGGAGCGGACCAUCAUGGCGGAUGUGGCGAGCUACGUCCCGCCUGAGGAGGUUGGAGAGUGGGGUGAGUUUGGGCCGUGGCUGAGGUUAUUCAGGAGUGCGCGGAGGUGGGUGGGUUAGAUUUUGGCUGGUUAUUGUUGCUUGCUGGCGUUGUGAAAAGGGGUAGCCAAGGGCGGUUUACACGUGCGAAGAAUUAUUUCACUUGGCAGGAGGCAGGUAC